AUGUUGUCAGGACGCCUUGCAUGUUGGCUGCUACAACUAUCCGAGUUUGAUAUCACAUGCACAAUUCCUAGGGCUAUCAAGGGACAAGUCGUGAUUCAUAUGUUGGCUCUAUUCCCUGAAGUACAAGAGUCCACCCUCUCCAAAGAAGUUCUGGGAGAGCUACCAGAAAUGGUAGUCAUUGAUACAGAAGAGGAAACAUGGAUCCUCUACUUUGAUGGUUCUUCUACAUCGAACGGCAGAGGAGCAGAUGUGGUACUCAUCAAUCCCAAGGGGCAUGCCAUGGCCCUCUUGUUCAAGCUGAAUUUCCCAUGCACAAAUAAUGUGGCUGAGUAUGAAACUUUUGUUAUGGGAUUGUCUAUGGCAAAGGAAAUGGGCAUAGAAAAUAUUAAAAUCAUCGGCGAUUCAAAUUUGAGGUUAAGUCAAUUGCAAGGGAACUUCGCUAUGAAAGAGGCAACCUUGGCCCCAUAUCGUACAAAUGCCGAAAGGCUUAUUAGUUCUUUCAAGCAAAUUGUGCUAGAACACAUUCCAGGGAUCACUAAAUGA